CAUUGUUGCCUGGCAACAGCGACGAACACGAGCCGCCAUCUUGGAAGAAAGUUGAUCCUGGGCCCAAAGUUGUCAAAACACACGAUCUGCACAUUUAUCGAGCCAACAUGGGUCCAACUUGGAUUUUAGCGCUGUAGUUUUGAGGCAUAUAAACUCCCUGACCUCAAGACAACCUGUUGAGUCGUCUGGAUAUUCGAUUCUGACGCUGAGAACGUUUUGUAAGUUGUCUUGGAGGGAGGACAAAAGCAAAACAUGGCGGACAUCAAGCCCCUCCCACCCAUAAGGACCAAGGGCAAGAAGACAGAAGCACCCAUCAGAUUUUUGCCUGCUCUGCCUGAGACACGAGCCAAACCAGCAUGGCAGACAGCACAACCAUCGUUUGUCCUACACGGACAGCCUACAGAUGAGAUCGCAGAAGUUUUUGACCUCACAUCAGAACUCAACAAGGGAACAAAAAGAAGGAAACUGCACCCCAGAAGUAAGACGUGGGAUGGCGCCAACGGUCACACAGAACAGAACGGGAUGCCGGACAUCAACGGUAAACCGAAACAAGCCUCGUUCUCACAUCCGCGUAAGGACAGGGAGUCAUUCCGACAAGCACUGGUCAACAUCAUCAUGCAAGCGGAUACUCCUCCUAGCCGCCCUGCGUCGGCCAGUAUGGAGCUCCCACCUGUUGACAGACCAGGGUCUCCCACCGCUGCAGAAAAGGACAUUUUGCGUUAUUACUACUACAUUCACCACGGAAUCGACACAGACCACGUUGCGCCCAUGGAGGACUCCUGGCUGGACCACGUGCUGAGCCUCGUACCCGACAAACUCAAGCACCUGGAUGAGCUGAUCGAGAACCUGUCGGAUGAGAUGAGGGAAGACUAUCUCCUGAGUGUGAAGAAGGCCAUUGUGGACUUCGUCCUGAGGGACCCCAGAGAGAAGGACGAUGACAAGAAGGAAGAAGUGUUAGAACACAGAGCUGAGCUGGACGUGGUGCCCAAGCCGUGGAACAGGUCAUACCUAUCUGCGCUGGCCGCUAUGCAACAGGACUUGAACAUAACCAACCCCACCAUGUUGGCUGUGUUAGACCUGUGGCAUGUUUCCUUUGGCAACCUCCGGCUGGUUGACAUCGAGGAGUUCCACCGGCGCCCAGACUCCAUGGAGCUGUCAGUUUUCCAGAACCUUGUCAUGAAGCACAUUGAGUCAGCCAAGGAGAAACUACUCAAGAAGUGGUUCCCAGAAGUACAGAACAUCUACUACCAGGGUAACAAGCGGAAACAGGUGCCCAACAACCACAACGGUCGCAAGCUGGAGAUGUUCUUCAACUGUGCGGCCACACUGAUGACCUCUCACCUCCAGAGCCUGGCCCUGUCGUCCAUCCAGGAUUACACUGACCUGCUCUGUCAGCCACCGACCUCUAUCCGGGCGUAUGAACACCCGGGUUUCGUGAUGAGGCUCAUCCUGGACAAUGUGUCCAUCAAGUUUGAGCCUGACUUCAAGGAUUUUGAGAUCGUCCUGUUGAACGUGUUUGACGUGAUGAUCAAAGCUGUCAACGUUGUGCCCCGGGUAGAGACAAAGCUGUACACAGAAUGGUCUGGGAACAGGUCGAAGGCGACUCUGAAGCCGGUAAUUCUGGACGAGAUUCUGGAUAACGCCAAGGAGAAGGUGAAGGAGAUCAUCGCAGCCGAGAGCACCGGUCCCAACCAACACCUCCGCAACUUUGACAAGUACCAGUACCUCGUCAACAAACAAGCUGAACAAGAUGUUGACCAAUUCUUGGCAGAAACUCACACCUUCCCAGAGUACGCACAGGAGGUCAAGAAGUACCAGGAUCUCAUCGAUGACAUCACAUACAACUCACGCAAGGUGAUCAGACUGGGCAUGUUUGAGCUCCACUGUGAUGAGCUGAUCCGUGGUCUGGCCAAGCGUGCGGAAACUCUGAUGAACAAACUCCUCCAGCGCAUGUCCAGGGACCACCAGGAGGCCAACAGAAAGUUGUGUGAAGAAUAUGAGUUGAUAGCAGAGAAGGCUUUGACCACACCCUCCAACACACAGGAGCUGAUGGAUCUCAAGCAAUACAUUGAGAAGGUUGAGAAGAAGGACAUCGUAGAGAUGGACAAACGCCUGGAGGAGGCCAAGAACCGCCUGGUGUUCCUGGUGGACUGUACACAGUUCUCUCCGGGGGAGAUGCGGCUGAACAACAACACCUUCCAGUGGCACACACGCAUGCCCGAGGUGUUCGAGGAGCACAAGAGGAUCGUGGGGGAUAAGAGGGAGCAAUAUGAGGAAGGUCUCAAGCUCCGCCGCGAGCGUUUCACAGAAGAGCUGGAAGGUUAUAACAAACAGCUGGAGGAGUUCUCCACCUUUGGUGACCUGAACGAGAUCCAGCGCUACCUGAAGAAAGCCCAGGCCCUCAACUCACGUCUGGAUGCUGCUGCAGAAAAGAUCGAGCAGUUUAACCAGGAGGAGGAAGCGUUUGGCUGGCAGACGACGGCGUACCCUGCUCGGCAGAAGAUUCUGAACGUGCUCACCCCCUUCCUGAAACUGUAUGAGACAACAGUGGAGUUCAACAACAAGUACAAGGAAUGGAUGGAGGGCCCUUUCCAAGGGUGUAACCCUGACCAGGUAGAGAACGAUGUCGGGAACUACUGGCGGAACCUCUACAAACUGGAGAAAGGUUUUGAUGACAUUCCAAAUGCACAGAAGAUGGCAUCUAAGGUGAAGACCAAGGUGGAUGAGUUCAAAGAGCACCUGCCUCUGAUUGGUGCCCUGUGCAACCCCGGGUUACGUGAUCGUCACUGGGAGCAGAUGUCUGAAAUUGUUGGCUACACCCUACUCAGUGGCGAGGACAUGACCAUGGCCAAGUUCAUCGACAUGAACCUGGAGCCUUACCUGACCAAGUUUGAGUCCAUCAGUGAGGCUGCCAGUAAGGAGUACUCUCUGGAGAAGGCCAUGGAGAAGAUGAAGGUUGAAUGGACUGACAUGGAGUUCAACUUCAUCCCGUACCGUGAGACAGGCACCAACAUCCUGUCCUCCGUGGACGACAUCCAGAUGUUACUGGAUGACCAGAUCGUCAAGACACAGACCAUGAGGGGAUCUCCUUUCAUCAAACCAUUUGAAAAUGAAAUCAAGGAGUGGGAAGCUAAGCUGAUGCUGACCCAGGAGAUCCUGGAUGAGUGGCUGAAGGUGCAGGCCACCUGGCUGUACCUGGAACCCAUCUUCAGCUCACCUGACAUCAUGGCACAGAUGCCAGAGGAGGGCAGGCGUUUCAGCACUGUGGACAAGACCUGGCGUGAGCUGAUGAAGCUGGCGCUGGUGGACAAGCAUGUGCUGGUCGUCACCGACAUCGACAAGAUGCUGGAGAAGCUGCAGAAGUCCAACGAACUCCUGGAGCUCAUCCUCAAGGGUCUGAACGAGUACCUUGAGAAGAAGCGUCUUUACUUCCCACGGUUCUUCUUCCUGUCCAACGACGAGAUGCUGGAGAUUCUGUCCGAGACCAAGGACCCAACAAGAGUCCAGCCUCAUCUGAAGAAGUGCUUUGAGGGCAUCGCUAACCUGGAGUUCACAGACAUCCUGGACAUUACGCACAUGAAGAGUAGCGAGGGCGAGGUCAUCGAACUGACGGAGCCGAUCUCCACGUCCAAGGCACGCGGUCAGGUGGAGAAAUGGCUGCUGGAACUGGAAGGAAUCAUGAAACUCAGUGUGCACAAGGUGAUUGAGAAGUCCCUUCAUGCGUACAAAGACAUUCCGCGAGAUGACUGGGUUCUACAGUGGCCGGGACAGACAGUCCUGGCUGUGACCUGCUACUAUUGGACGUCCCUUGUGCACACCGCCAUCCGAGGUGGCGCCCAAGCCAUGGCCGACUACCUGGAACAAAACAACCAACAGAUCAACAGGAUUGUUGAGCUGGUCCGUGGUAAGCUGUCAAAGGGGAACCGUAUCACGCUGGGCGCGCUGGUGGUGUUGGACGUGCACGCUCGAGACGUGCUGCAGACUCUCGUGACCACCGGCGUUAGCAGGGAGAACGACUUUGAUUGGCUGAGUCAGCUUCGCUACUACUGGGAGGAAGAGAAGAUGGUGACUCGGAUGAUCAACUCCACCCUUGCGUAUGCCUACGAGUACCUGGGCAACUCCGGUCGUCUGGUCAUCACUCCGCUCACGGACAGAUGCUACAGAACUCUGUUCAGUGCUCUGCACUUGCACUUGGGAGGAGCCCCAGAAGGCCCAGCUGGUACUGGUAAGACGGAGACCACCAAGGAUUUGGCCAAAGCCGUGGCCAAGCAGUGUGUGGUGUUUAACUGCUCUGAUGGUCUGGACUACCUGGCUCUUGGCAAGUUCUUCAAAGGUCUGCUGUGCACGGGUGCCUGGGCCUGUUUUGAUGAGUUUAACCGGAUUGAUCUGGAAGUGUUGUCUGUGGUCGCCCAGCAGAUCCUUACCAUCCAGAGAGGUAUCAACUCUGGUUCUGACAUGCUGACAUUUGAGGGCACGGAGCUGAAACUGGACCCCACGUGUUCUGUGUUCAUCACCAUGAACCCUGGGUACGCCGGGCGCUCCGAGCUGCCCGACAACCUGAAGGCGUUGUUCCGCCCCGUUGCUAUGAUGGUACCGGACUACGCUAUGAUCUCAGAAAUUGUGCUGUACUCCUGUGGGUUUGUCAACGCCCGCCCACUGUCCGUGAAGAUUGUGGCCACAUAUCGUCUGUGCUCUGAGCAGCUGUCAUCCCAGCAUCACUACGAUUACGGCAUGAGGGCUGUCAAGUCUGUGCUGACUGCUGCAGGCAACCUCAAGCUGAAGUACCCGGAGGAGAAUGAGGACAUCCUCAUGUUGCGUUCCAUCCUGGACGUCAACCUGCCAAAGUUCUUGGCACACGACUUGCCAUUGUUUGAGGGCAUCACCUCUGACCUGUUCCCUGGCGUGAAGCUUCCGGAGCCAGACUACGGAGCACUGACAGAGGCAAUCUCUAACCAGUGUAAGAAGAUGAACCUACAGAUGACACCUUUCUUCACUGACAAGAUCCUACAGAUCUAUGAGAUGAUGAUCGUGCGUCACGGCUUCAUGAUUGUUGGGGAGCCGUUCGGUGGGAAGACCUGUGCCUACCGUGUGCUGGCUGCUGCCCUGACAGAGCUGUGUGAGAAGCCUAAAGAUGAUCGAGGAUCUGCUGACCUCCCCUCGGCUGGUGACAUGCUGGACAACAGUGAUGAGUACAUCCAGAAGGUUCAGAUCACCGUGCUGAACCCUAAGGCCAUCACCAUGGGACAGCUGUACGGUUCAUUUGACCCCGUGUCACACGAGUGGUCCGAUGGUGUCCUGGCCGUCAGCUUCAGGGCGUUCGCCUCCUCUCAGACCCCUGACAGAAAGUGGCUGAUUUUUGAUGGCCCCGUGGAUGCCAUCUGGAUUGAGAACAUGAACACGGUACUGGACGACAACAAGAAGCUGUGCCUGAUGAGCGGAGAGAUCAUCCAGAUGUCCGCUCCCAUGAGCCUCAUGUUUGAACCCAUGGAUCUGGAGGUGGCUUCACCUGCCACGGUAUCCCGCUGUGGUAUGAUCUACAUGGAGCCCCACAUGCUGGGCUGGCGGCCUGUCAUGCUGUCCUGGCUUAACACCCUCCCCUCAACCAUCACCGACGCUCACAAGAAGAUCAUCACAGAACUGUUUGACCGCUUCUGUCCUCCCUGCAUGCAGUUCAUCCGCAAGGGCGGCGUAAAGGAGCUGAGUCCCACCAAUGACACCAACUUGGCCCAUUCGCUGAUGAACUUGAUGGACUCCCUCAUGGAUGAGUUCCAGGACGAGGCCAAGGUCAAGGCCAUGGACGAGAGACAGAUCUGCUCCUGGCUAGAGUGCAUCUUCUUCUUCUCUGCUGUCUGGUCCCUCGGGGCCAGUGUGGAUCUAAACGGACGCCACAAGUUCAACGAACUCUUCCGAGAAAUCAUGGAGAAUGGUAUCAGUGAUAAAGUUGCCAGAAUGAUAGAUAUGAACCAGAACGGAGUUUCGGAGGAAACGCGAGUGAAGUUCCACUUGUACGACACCGUGGACCCGCCCAACCGACCGUACACCAUGCCUUUCCCCAAGGAAGGUCUUGUGUAUGACUAUAGGCUCAUCAAGGAGGACAUUGGACGCUGGGAACGUUGGGUUGAGACCAUCCGGGAUGCUCCACCAAUCCCGAAGGACAGCGUUUUCAACAACAUCAUCGUGCCCACCAUUGACACCGUGCGUUAUACUGCUCUUGUGGAGAUGCUGGUCACGCACCAGAAACCCAUGCUGUUUGUCGGCCCCACCGGCACCGGCAAAUCUGUCUAUCUGACUGACUUCCUGUUGAAGCUGAAUCCAGACAACUACAAGACCCUGAUCCAGAACUUCUCAGCCCAGACCAGCGCCAACCAGACCCAGGACAUCAUCAUGUCCAAACUGGACAAGCGCAGAAAGGGCGUCUUCGGACCCCCUCUGGGGAAGAAAAUGAUCAUUUUUGUUGACGACACCAACAUGCCGGCGCGAGAGUUCUAUGGCGCCCAGCCUCCGAUCGAGCUUCUGAGACAGUGGCUGGACCACUGGAACUGGUACGACCUGAAGGACUGCUCCAUGCUCAAACUCAUCGACAUCCAGCUGCUCUGUGGUAUGGGACCACCAGGUGGUGGCCGUAACCCGUUGACUCCUCGCUUCCUGCGCCACUUCAACACCAUCACGAUCAACGAGUUUGACGAUGAGACCAUGUCCACCAUCUUCUCACGUAUUGUUGACUGGCACUUCAACAUCAGGAGCACCUUUGGUAAGGAGUACGCACUGCUGACUGACCAGCUGGUGAAGAGCACCGUGGAGGUGUACAAGAGCGCCAUGAACAACCUCCUCCCCACGCCAGCCAAGUCGCACUACCUGUUCAACCUGCGGGACUUCUCUCGUGUCGUGCAGGGCGUCCUGCUGUCGCGAGUCGACUCCACCGAGAGCCCUCAGGGGAUCAAGAAGCUGUGGGUGCAUGAGGUCAUGCGCGUGUACUACGACCGUCUGGUGGACGACCAAGACAGAGACUGGCUCUUCAAAUACCUGCGGGAUGUCGUUAAGAGCGAGAUGAAGGAAGACUUUGACACGUUGAUGCAGAGGUUCGACACCAACAAUGAUGGGAAAGUAGAGGAGGACGAUAUCCGCGCCCUCUUGUUCUGUGACUUUACUGACCCAAAGAAUGACAAAAAGGAUUAUGUGGAGGUCAUGGACCUAGGAAAGCUCACCACCGUUGUGGAGGGCCAUCUGGAGGAGUUCAACAACCUCAGCAAGAAGCCCAUGAACCUGGUGCUGUUCCAGUUUGCCAUCGAGCACGUCUCGCGUAUCUCCCGCAUCAUCAGCAUCCCGCGCAGCCACGCCCUGCUGGUGGGGCUGGGUGGCAGCGGCCGACAGUCCCUCACCAGGCUUGCUGCACACAUGGCGGACAUGGAAGUGUUCCAGGUGGAGAUCAGUAAGAGCUACACCAGUGUAGAGUGGAGGGAGGACCUGAAGACCAUCCUGAGGAAGUCCACAGCCUCAGAGCAACAUGGCGUCUUCCUCUUCACAGACACACAGAUCAAAGAAGAGUCAUUCCUGGAAGACGUGAACGGUCUUCUAAACGCUGGUGAGGUGCCCAACUUGUUCGCCUUGGACGAGAAAAAUGAAAUCUGUGAGAAGAUGAGGCAACUUGACAGACAGCGCGAGAAGUCCAAACAAACGGACGGCACGCCGCAGGCCCUCUUCAACUACUUCAUCGAGCGCUGCCGUGACCAACUGCACAUUGUACUGGCCAUGAGUCCGAUUGGAGACGCCUUCCGUAACCGCCUGCGGAAGUUCCCCUCGUUGGUGAACUGCUGUACCAUUGAUUGGUUCCAGGAAUGGCCUGAGGACGCCCUGGAAGCCGUGGCGACCCGUUUCCUGGAAGACGUUGAGAUUGACCAGAAAACCAGGGUGGCCUGCAUCACACAGUGUAAGAAGUUCCACACGGGAACCCGUGUACUGUCAACCCGUUUCCUCAACACCCUGGGCAGGCACAACUACACCACGCCAACCUCAUACCUGGAACUCAUCACAACCUUCAAGACUCUACUGGACAAGCGUAGAUCUGAGGUGAUGAAGAUGAAGAGGCGUUACGAAGUUGGGCUGGAGAAGCUGAAGUCUGCAGCAGACCAGGUGGGAGUCAUGCAGCAGGAACUGCAGGCUCUGCAGCCGCAGCUCAUCGUGGCCAGUAAGGAGGUCGACGAGAUGAUGGUCAUCAUUGAACGGGACUCCAUUGAGGUGGCAAAGAAAGAGAAGGUGGUGAAAGCUGACGAGGCAGUAGCCAAUCAGCAGGCAGCAGCAGCCAAGGCCAUUAAGGACGAGUGUGACGCUGACCUGGCCGAGGCCAUCCCCAUCCUGGAGUCUGCCCUGGCUGCCCUCAACACUCUCACUCCUGCUGACAUCACAGUGGUGAAGUCCAUGAAGAGUCCCCCUGCCGGUGUGAAGCUGGUGAUGGAGUCCAUCUGUGUGCUGAAGGGAGUGAAACCAGACAGGAUUCCUGAUCCCUCAGGCUCAGGCAAGAAGAUUGAGGACUUCUGGGGCCCGUCCAAGCGUAUUCUCGGUGACAUGAAGUUCUUACAGAGCCUUAUGGACUAUGAUAAGGACAACAUCCCUCCAGCCGUCAUGAAAAUCAUCCGUACAAAGUACAUCACCAACCCUGAGUUUGAUCCUGACAAGAUCAAGGUGGCUUCCACCGCUGCCGAGGGUCUGUGCAAGUGGGCACGUGCCAUGGAGUCAUACGACAAAGUGGCGAAGGUGGUGGCCCCUAAGAAAAUCAAACUGAAGGAAGCUGAGGGAGAACUUGCUGUCGCCAUGGGAGAACUCAACCAGAAGAGAGCUGCCCUGAAGGAAGUCCAGGACAAAUUAGCCCGUCUACAAGAGAAGCUGGAGGCCAACAAGGCCAAGAAGGCCGACCUUGAGAACCAAGUGGACAUGUGCUCCAAGAAACUGGAGAGGGCAGAGCAGCUGAUUGGUGGACUGGGUGGAGAAAAGGACAGGUGGACCCAGAUGGCUAAGGAGCUGGGAGAACAGUACACUAACCUGACAGGUGACGUGCUGGUGUCAUCAGGUGUGGUGGCGUACCUGGGGGCCUUCACCUCCAUCUUCAGACAGGACCAGGCCACAGAGUGGUACGGUGAAUGUAAGGAGCUGGGUAUCCCGGCAUCCCAGGACUUCUCCCUGAGUGCAACCUUGGGUGAUGCUGUGAAGAUCCGUGCCUGGAACAUCGCAGGUCUGCCCACCGACACCUUCUCUAUCGACAACGGUAUCAUCAUCAGUAACUCCCGUCGUUGGCCAUUGAUGAUUGACCCCCAGGGUCAGGCAAACAAGUGGGUAAAGAACAUGGAGAAGGCCAACAACAUCCACGUCAUCAAACUGACAGAUGGCGACUUUGUCCGAACUCUGGAGAACUGUAUCCAGUUUGGCACUCCGGUUCUGCUGGAGAAUGUGGGUGAAGAGCUGGAUCCAAUCCUGGAGCCUCUGCUGCUGAAACAGACUUUCAAACAGGGUGGCAGUCUCUGCAUCCGUCUGGGUGACUCCACCAUCGAGUACUCCCAGGACUUCCGCUUCUACAUCACCACCAAGCUGCGCAACCCCCACUACCUGCCCGAGACUGCUGUCAAGGUGACAUUGUUGAACUUCAUGAUCACUCCGGAGGGUCUGGAGGACCAGCUGCUGGGUAUCGUGGUGAGGUGUGAGAGGCCUGAGCUGGAGGAAGAGAAGAACCAGCUCAUCGUUCAGUCUGCUGAGAACAAGAAACAGCUCAAGGAGAUUGAGGACAAGAUUCUAGAGGUUCUCUCCUCAUCUGAAGGAAACAUCCUGGAAGACGAGACAGCCAUCAAGGUGCUGUCCUCCUCCAAGGCUCUGGCCAACGAGAUCUCGGAACAGGCCAUCGCCGAGGAGACGGAGAAGAAGAUUGACACAGCACGUCUAGGCUACAUCCCCAUUGCGAAACAUUCCACCAUCUUGUUCUUCUCCAUCACGGACCUGGCUAACAUCGAGCCCAUGUACCAGUACUCCCUCACCUGGUUCGUCAACCUCUUCAUCAUGUCCAUCGAGAACUCCGAGAAGGCGGAAGAUCUGGACAAGAGACUGCAGAACCUGCGUGGCCACUUCACCUACUCGCUGUACUGUAACAUCUGCCGCUCCCUGUUUGAGAAGGACAAGCUGCUCUUCUCCUUCAUCCUCACCAUCAACUUACUCAAAGCACAGCCUUAUAUAGUUUUGGAUGAUGAUGAUGAGAGAGAGAACCCUCCAAUUGUACAGGGUGAGGGAAAGAUCCAGGAGGAAGAGUGGCGUUUCCUCCUGACAGGUGGUAUCGGUCUGGACAACCCCUACUCCAACCCCUGCACCUGGCUGCCCGCCAAGUCCUGGGACGAGUUCUGUCGUCUGGACGAGCUGGACCACUACAAGGGCAUCAGGAAGAAGUUCACUCAGUACAAGGACGCUUGGAAGGAGGUCUACGACAGCUCCGAGCCUCAUGUUGUCACAUACCCCGCUGAAUGGGCCAAGAUGGAGAACUUCAAGCGUAUGCUCGUCAUGCGCUGCCUGCGUCCCGACAAGAUCGUGCCCAUGAUCCAGGACUUCGUCACCGCCGAGCUGGGGAAGAAAUACGUGGAGCCGCCACCGUUCGACCUCGGGAAGGCGUUUGGGGACAGCCACUGCUGUGCACCGCUGAUCUUUGUGCUGUCUCCUGGUGGUGACCCCAUGGCUGCCCUGCUGAAGUUCGCAGAUGACAUGGGCUUUGGUGGGACCAAGAUGGACUCCCUGUCUCUGGGCCAGGGUCAGGGUCCCAUCGCCAUGCGGAUGCUGGACAAGGCCAUGAAGGAGGGGCUGUGGACCGUCCUGCAGAAUUGCCAUCUGGCUGUGUCCUGGAUGACCACGCUCGAGAAGUUCUGUGAGGAGCUGAACCCAGAUACUGUCCACCCUGACUUCCGGUUGUGGCUCACCAGUUACCCAUCUGAACACUUCCCUGUCACUGUGCUACAGAACGGUGUCAAGAUGACCAACGAGCCUCCCAAAGGUCUGCGUAUGAACGUGGUGGGAUCCUUCCUCAUGGACCCGAUCUCUGAUCCGGAGUUCUUCGGUGGCUGCAAACAACCUAAAUACUUCAAGAAGAUGCUGUACGGACUCUGCUUCUUCCACGCCCUGGUGCAAGAGCGGCGUAAGUUCGGUCCUCUCGGAUGGAACAUCCCGUACGAGUUCAACGAGACGGACUUGCGUAUCAGCGUCAGGCAGCUCAAGAUGUUCCUGGAUGAGUAUGAGGAUGUUCCGUACCCUGCUCUGAGGUACCUGACUGGCGAGUGUAACUACGGUGGCCGUGUGACUGACGACAGAGAUCGUCGUACGCUGAACACCAUCCUCAACAAGUUCUACUGUCCUGAGAUCUGUCAGGACGACUACAAGUUCUCCCCCAGUGGGCAGUACUACGCACCUGAGGAGGGAGAAUCAUCAGACCACUACGUGGAGUACACCAAGAGCCUUCCCCUGAUCCCUGCCCCGGAGGUGUUUGGUAUGCACUCCAACGCUGACAUCACCAAGGACCAGGGAGAAACUAACACUAUGUUCAACAGUAUCCUACUGACACAGGGGAGGGCGUCGUCCGGGGGCGGCAAGUCCGAAGACGAACAGAUUUACUCGGUGGCCGGCGACAUCGUGGCCAAGCUGCCCAAGAACUUUGACACGGACGCGGUUCUGCGGAAGUACCCGACGUCGUACACCCAGAGCAUGAACACACUGCUGGUGCAGGAGAUGACCAGGUUCAACGCCCUGCUGUCCAUCAUCAGGAGCAGUCUGCAGAAUGUGCAGAAGGCCAUCAAGGGUCUUGUGGUGAUGUCCUCUGACCUUGAAGAGGUUGUGAACAGCAUGUUGCAGGGUAAGAUCCCAGGCAUGUGGAUGAAGAAGUCUUACCCCAGUCUCAAGCCGCUGGGCAGCUACGUCAACGACUUCUUCACCAGGCUCAAGUUCCUGCAGGACUGGUACGAUGGUGGGCCUCCGCCGGUGUUCUGGAUCUCUGGCUUCUUCUUCACACAAGCCUUCAUGACGAGCGCGCAGCAGAACUUUGCCAGGAAGUACACCAUCCCCAUCGAUCUGCUGGGGUACGAGGAGGAGGUACUGGAUGACCGCACGUACAACGAACCUCCGGAGGACGGUGUGUACGUCCAAGGUUUGUUCCUUGAGGGCUGUCGCUGGGACAGGAAGACCAAGAAACUUGCCGAGUCUCAACCCAAGAUCCUGUUUGACAAAGUGCCAGUGAUCUGGAUGAAGCCAAUAAAGAAGGCAGAAGUCCAGGAUGGCUCGCGCUACAUGUGUCCUGUCUACAAGACCAGCGAGCGCCGAGGUACGCUGUCCACUACCGGUCACUCCACCAACUUUGUCACCUACAUCAAGCUGCCGUCCGAGCAGCCCCAGCGACACUGGAUCGAGCGGGGCGUCGCCAUCCUCUGUCAGCUGGACGAUUAGUCACGACCUGGUUUUGUUGACCGUCAGGAGUUUGAAUAUUACAGUUAGAUUGUGCCGUCCAAUAAAACUGCACAGAGCAUAAAGUUUAAAGUGUUAUUUUGUGUUUACCAGAUUUCGAAAUUUUUGACAUGUAUAUGAAAAUAGAGUUAUUUCCAUGCUUGCUUAUUGCUUUGUCUGUAAAGAUGUGAAUCUAAUGAAGUAAUUGAUAUGCACCAAGUCUCUAUAUUGUAUUACACAAUCUAAGUCAACCUCAACAACACUACAGAAUACGUUUUGCUUUUGUGUGAGUUGUUCUUUGAGAUACUUCAAAAGCUCCACUGUACCAAAGUUGCCAAGUGUAACAAUAUCUGUUAAAACAAAUCUAUACACGUCUUUUAUGUACUGUAAAACUUUGCACAUGUCAGUGAACACAGUAUGCAGCCUCUAUGUAAUUCUAUGCAACUAUCUGCUAUUGCAGAUGAAGGAUUUUUAAAAUGAAGUGAAACUUUUUAGUAGACUACUGCCUUGAAAAUAACAAGAUGCUGCUUCUGGAUGCAGAAUGUAAAGUUGUUGUAAAUAUUUCAUACAUUUUGAGAGAGAUAUUGUGAAGGAUACGUCCAGCACAGCAGAGUGGUUGAAAAUGGGACCAAAGUUUUACAACGUUUUGUUUGAAGAAUUCAAUCUUGUUUUAGGAUGAAUGCAUCAUUUUUUGUCAUAAUGUAAAUGUGUGGAUUUGUGUGACAACUUUUAAGCAGUCACUUUAAAGUGAUUUUCCAUUCAACGCACUAUACUCUGAAGACAAAGUUUGUUCAAUUCCAAUAGAUAAAGAGAGGAUGUUUAUUCUUUGUACAUGUAUAAACAAUUUGAAAACAACUUGUUUGGGAUUUUAGGAACUGUUUUUUGCUUUGACGUAAUAUGAGUAAUUGUGAAAUAUUUUACUUUUUUGUAUAUAGUGUUACUGGUGUUUUAUGCAAAGAUGUAUCAGUGUCACAACUGAUAUAUUCACAUUGUAGGUGUACAAGCCACAUGUACUGUGAUAUUGUAAUACUUUUAGGGUGCCUUUUGACAUAUGUGAGCACAGCAAACUAUAACCUCUGAUUGUCUUGAGAUUUUCUACAGAACAUAUGUAUGGCGUGAGGGCUGUAUUUUUCUAUUCGUACAUAAGACAAGCACAGAAUCUAGCUUUUAUCACUGAUUUGUGUUGAAUAAAAAGAUAAAGAGUUGUCGUUUA